CUCUCCCAGAUUUACAGCAAACGUGAUGAAUUCUCGUGGAUGAGCCGUUAAAACCCAGCCUAUUCAGGAGAGACACUGGUUUUGAUAUCUGUAUCUUCGCUAGGGGGCAGUGACAUGUCGGAAUAACCAUGUGACGACGCGGAUAUGAAGACACAGGAAGAAGAACAAACAUGGCGGCUGCAGUUUGACGAUGGUAGCUGGAUGGAAAAAUACGAAAAAACAUCAUUAAAACCAACUUAAACUGUUGUGAAAUCUAGUUUUGUUUGAAAAUAACGGCAGUUUAACGGACCGACAGCGUCCGACAGUCAUGGAAACAGAGGAACAGGCCAGGAACCGUUUCCAGGCGGAGCUGGAGUUCAUUCAGUGUUUGGCCAACCCAAACUACCUGAACUUCUUAGCUCAGAGAGGCUACCUGAGGGAGAGAGUGUUCAUCAACUACCUGAAGUAUCUGCUCUACUGGAAGGAGCCGGAAUACUCCAAGUUCCUCAAGUACCCUCACUGCCUACACAUGCUGGAGCUGCUGCAGUACGAACACUUCCGGAAGGAGCUGGUCAACGCUCAGUGCACCAAGUUCAUUGACGAGCAGCAGCUGCUGCACUGGCAGCACUACUCCAGGAAACGCACGCGGCUGCAGCAGGCGCUGGCAGAACAGCAGCAGCAGGCCACGCAGCCGCCGCACGGCAACGCCGCCUCCAAGUGACCACACCGAGGCCGUGGGGGAGACGGUGGGGGAGACGGUGGGGGAGACGAGUGCACAGAGUCUGUGAAUAAUAAUGUCUUAGAUGUUGUUUGUUAGAGUCUUAAUGUUUGGUUGUUUUGUAAAUAGAGACUUGUGUGACACAGGUGGCGCCACCUGCUGGAACUUGACUUAGUGACUUAAUACUGUUUGAAGUGAGUGAAUAAAAUGUGUUUUGUUUAACCACGUCUGUCUGUCACAGCUACAGAGAACGGCAUCUGUCAAUGGUAACCAAACAAUAAAACGUCGCUGUGUUUACACUAAA